CUUAUAGAACGACGAACCAAGUUUUCCAUUCCUCCUUUCUUCUUUGUAUUUUUUCCUCUCACUCUUUCCUUCGAUCUAGAUAAAAAGUGGUCUCAAGAGAGAGAUUUAAAAUCAAUUGCAAAACCCCUGAUUGAAUCAAUUCUGGGUUUAGAAAAUGAGAGGCAACAAUGGUCUCACAUCAUAUAUUCUUCGACGAGCUUUGAAUCCAUUAGCAUCUAACCAAUCUUCUUCUUCUAAUGUAUUAUCAUCAGUUAUUCAUCAAAACCAACAACAUUACAAUCUUCAAAAACUCUCUUUCUAUAGUAAUACUAGUAAAACUUCAUCAUCUGGUAGUAAAUGGUGGUUGCCCCAUUUAGGUCAAUAUACUGGAAAAGCUGUAUCUGUUGGUAUUGCUGGAGCAGUUUCAUUCUCGAUUUUAGCUUCUUCACUUGUUUCUUCAGAACAAGAUUUACUAGCUAAAGAACCUCCUAAACCUGAAUUUCUCCCGAAAGAAGUUGUUCUUUAUCAGUAUGAAGCUUGCCCUUUCUGUAACAAGGUUAAAGCUUUUUUGGAUUACUAUGAUAUACCAUACAAAGUUGUGGAGGUCAAUCCAUUGAGCAAGAAAGAGAUUAAGUGGUCAGAAUAUAAGAAAGUUCCCAUUUUGACUGUGGAUGGGGAACAUUUGGUAGAUUCUUCAGAUAUAAUCAAUAAAAUGAGUGCAAAGAUUCAUCCUAAGCAGUCUGUGGAUUCAGAUUCUGAUGGUGAGACUGAAGAGAAGAAGUGGCGCGGGUGGGUCGACAAUCACUUGGUUCAUGUUUUAUCACCAAACAUAUAUCGGAACUCUUCUGAGGCUCUUGAAUCAUUCGACUAUAUCACAUCCAACGGUAAUUUCAGCUAUACUGAGAAAAUAACAGUGAAGUAUGCUGGUGCGGUGGCAAUGUAUUUUGUGUCUAAGAAACUAAAGAAGAAAUACAAUAUCACUGAUGAGCGAGCAGCACUGUACGAAGCUGCAGAGACAUGGGUGGAUGCCCUAGAUGGCCGAGAGUUCCUUGGUGGUCCAAAACCAAAUUUAGCAGAUCUUGCUGUGUUCGGCGUCUUGAGACCCAUAAAAUAUCUGAGGUCUGGUAAAGACAUGGUGGAGCACACACGCAUAGGUGAUUGGUAUUCAAGAAUGGAAGGAGUUGUCGGGGACUCCUGUCGAAUCAAGGCAUAGACUACUUUCCACAGUUCUAGUCAUAGAGCCAUAAACUACCACUGGCAAUUUUUGUUCAAGUUGAGUGCAUAAAUAGCUUCUAAUGACAGUCCUCAAGUGUUUGCGGAUUGAUCAUUCAGUUCCGAAGAUUUUGUUAAAUUUAUACUUCAUAAUACCAUGUGAAAUCAACAAUGAUUGAUUCAAGAACUAAUGAAAGGCUGAUUCUUUAUUUGC